UCAAGAAGGGCAGGGCGGGGCGGCCCCCUCCGGGUCAGUUUCGGCCUCGGGCAGCGGCGGAGGGACCGGAUCGGACAGUACCAGCGGCGUGGGGCUGACCACCGAUCACCGAUCCUGCACUUGGCCAUGGCUGCCAUCAGAAAGAAGCUGGUAAUUGUGGGCGAUGGGGCCUGUGGGAAAACUUGUCUGCUGAUUGUCUUCAGUAAGGACCAGUUUCCUGAAGUUUAUGUGCCUACUGUCUUCGAGAACUACAUUGCUGAUAUUGAAGUGGACGGCAAGCAGGUGGAACUGGCGCUAUGGGACACAGCUGGGCAGGAAGACUAUGACCGUUUGAGGCCGCUCUCCUAUCCUGACACGGAUGUUAUCCUCAUGUGCUUCUCCAUCGACAGCCCUGACAGCCUGGAGAACAUUCCUGAGAAGUGGACCCCAGAGGUGAAGCAUUUCUGCCCGAAUGUGCCCAUCAUUCUCGUCGGGAACAAGAAGGACCUGCGGUUGGAUGAGCACACGCGACGGGAGCUGGCAAAGAUGAAGCAGGAGCCUGUGAGACCGGAUGAAGGCCGGGACAUGGCCAAUCGCAUUGGUGCCUUUGGCUACCUGGAGUGCUCGGCCAAAACCAAGGAGGGGGUGCGGGAGGUGUUUGAGAUGGCCACCAGGGCUGGCCUGCAGGUCCGCAAGAAUAAACGACGGCGAGGCUGCCCCCUCCUCUGAGCUUCCCUGUCCCGGAUUCCUGUUCCCUCCUUUUUCUUUCUCAUCCCCCCAUCCCAAUCCUUGUGGGGAUGGGUGGGUAUACAGGAAGCCCCCUCCCCACACACACCCUAAACCCAACCUUCUAGGGUUCACUCCCUUCCUGAAGCGGGAGUGUGCACGCUGCACCUGCUUUCCUCCCCACCCCCAGGUCUGGGGGCUCAGGAUCACUAAGGAAGGGGAAGCUCUCCUUAUCUGGGGGGCGCUGGACCCUGUAUGGUCUGAAUUGGGUUGCUCUCCUGGCCCCAGGAUGGAGAAAGGGGAGGGGUGGUGCGAGCAGCCCUGGGUGGGGUAACGCAUGUAUGCACACACGCUCACAACAGUGUUUUAUACUCACAGGGGAAUGGCCUCUGCCCUCAGCUGGGACAGUUAGAGCUCCUGAACUUUUCUCCCUCUUCCUCCUCCCCUUCCCCUCCACCAUCCCUGCUCUCCCCUUCCCCCCCGCAAUGGCAGAUCUCCUGUGGGCUUCAGGGGUGGGGGUUGAGGAUGAUGGUGAAUAAAGGCUAUGGGAACUCUCUGGGC